AGAAGACGAGCAAGCUGACCUCGCUUCCACCAUGGCUCUGUCGGUGCGCGCCAAGAACUUCAUCCUGGGCGGCAGCCUCGCCACCUUCGCGUCCGCCGUCUUUGGCUACACCUUCUACCAGAUGAGCCGGGAUGAUUUCAAGGACCUGGACACGGUGAAGGUGAACGUGCACCAGAGCGGCAUCAAGCCCUCUGCGCCCGGCAAGCACGACGAGUAAACAGAACACUGCAUCGAGACCUUCGUCAGGCACAACAAACGCGUUACGAAGAAGCCUCUCUUGCAUGCGUUGGCCGCCGGUGCAUCAGCGCUUGUCCUUCAAGCAGCUUACAAAGGUGAACCAGCCUAACCCAAUUGCAUUAAAGAAACUUCCGCGG